AUGACUCAAUUUCAAACUUGGUAUUUAAUCGAUCACUUUUGUGAUAUUCUGCAGAUUAAUUUCGCAGAGAUUCUUAAACAUGAUGCAUUCAAAGAUCGUUGCUUGAAGAAAAUUGAUCUUGUUCAAAUUCUAUUCAAGGAUUUUCAAAGCUAUACAAUCACUCAUAAAGACUACAAAGGCUUUCCCACAACAACAGCCAGCAAUAGGUCUUCUUCAUCUGAUGAGAAUAAGGAUUUACUUCUUCCGAGGUCGACUAGAUUGCCAAAAUCCCAUGAAGUCAUUGACAAAAUGUUCAAACUCUAUUUUACUAAUAGGAAGAAUCAUAUAAGAGAUGCUUUGGAGAGGGAAAUUAGACAGGGACCAGUUAAAUUAGUUGAUGAAAAUUCCAUUCGUUAUAUUGAUUUGGAUGAAGAGGAGAAGCAACAACCUUCAACAACAACAAAGAAACGUAAAGCUUCAGAGGCUUUAGAAACAACAACACCAAGUACUUCUACCAGCAGCAGUGUUGCCACUAGAAGAACUGUUCAAAGCACUAAUAAUACUUCCACUACAACAACUACUUCCAAUAGAAAUACGACCACCAUAAAGGAUAGUGAGGAAAAAGCAGCCAAGCAAAGAAAGACCAAUGAGGAUGAAACAAUCUUUUCAAAGAGUACAGUACUAACAUUGAAGAGAGGAAUGAAACAAUCUAUCACAGAUGAUAAUGCAAAAUGUACUGUGGAAAAUUCUCGUGCCAUGUCUAGAAAAAUUGAUUCAAUACUGACUCAGCAGACGGAAAUUUAUGAAAAGAAAAUGGAAGUCUAUGAGGAAUACAAGAAGAAGGUGGCAAAGAAACUCAAAGAAAAAUUGAAUUACAUUGAGGAAAAUUAUAACACUUAUUUGAAUCAAGUUAAACAGUGUAAGGAUGAUAUGGAGCAAUUUAUCAAAAAGAAAUCAAGGGAAGUUGCAAGGAAAAAUGCUCGGAUUGAUGCAGAACUCAAAGCACUAUUGAAUGAAGAUUGAGCCUCAAAUAUGAUUAACUCUU